CUGCCUGUAUGAAAGAUGGCGACCGCCGCUGUGCCCUCACUUGUGACAGAUGGAGGCCGCUUUCCUGCCUGCUUUCCGGUUGACGUCAGUCACCCUCUCUCCCCCGCCCCCUCCCCCCACCAACCUCCGCUCGCUCGCCGCCAUAUUGGAGUCUGUUUCCCUGGAGCUCGAGUGGGUUUGUACCGGAGUGAACUGGGAGUGGGAUUGGAGCUGGGGAUGAGCUGUGCCGAGGAGAAACAAGUAGCCGCCCGGCGGAAGAAGAACAAACGGGGAGCGGCGAACGGCGCCGUGGUCCCGGGAGAGAGCCGCAGUCCCAGUCCGGCGGAGGAGGUGCUGAGGCCGCUGCAGAGCGAGCAACCGCGAACGGGGAUGGAGCCGGAGCCUGGCCCAGGCCCAGGCCCAGGCUCAGGCUGGAGCGGGGAGCAGCCAACCCUUACUGUCCACCAGCCAGCAAAGGACUGUUGUUUGUUGUGCCAUCAUGAACGCAAGGAUUGGGGAACUCAACAGAAUGGGAUUGUGGAUCUAAAGAAGUUGGCACAUUCACUACCUGCAUUAACUCAUGGCGGUCUUGAACGGGUGCCUCUCUGGAUAUGCCAAGCAUGUCAAAGACGAGUAGAGGAGGAGCAGCAACGGGCUAUCUGUGAACAGACCCUAAUGGUGGGACAAGAUGAAUGUCAGACGCAUAAAGGAGGAGUGGCUGAUGAUUCAGUGAGAACAAUGGCAGAAGGGGAUGGCAUUGCCAAUCCGCACAGAUCACCAACAGAAAAAAGUCACCACUCGACGGUCCACUGCUGCCACCAGGUGCACAGGCAGACUUUAUCAUCCAGUAAUACUCAUCAACAGCUGCAGCAACCUCAGCCAUGCACAGCCACUCCUAAUGGCACAUGUACAAAGGAAUCGAGCAAUGUAACUAGUGACUGCUGCUCAAGAUCGCCCUCCUGUGUCUCUGUAAAAACCAAUUCUGUUCAAUGUAAGAACGUGUCCAGAAGGCCAACGCCACCAGGUGGAGAGUUCCAUUGCUCUGAAGACCACAGGUAUUCUGUCUUAGCGGCACCACCCAACAGUCCCACUGGCUUGUCCUCCCAUCAGCAUCCUCUUACAGCGUCAAAGUCUCCUCAAGUUAUUACUGAGCCAACAGUUUCCAUUCAUCAACAUGAACAUGCAACUUCUACAAUGUCGUGUACCAUGCCCCACAGCACUGUAACCUCCACUGAUUCAAAUCAGAGAUCAUCCAUGAUAUCUGGUAUCCCACAGGUUCUGCCUCAUGUCCCCCUGACUUCUACAGUUGCUGUGACAACUGCUGCAUCUCCAGAUGUGUCUUUGAUUUCAAAAACUUCAGCUGCUGCUUCUACAGGUGUGCUUGUGACCCCAGUGCCUCCAAGUGCUAACCCUCAUAUUUCUAACAGUGGGUUAUCUUCUUUCCCGAAGUCUACAACAGCUGGCCCUAUUUGCGCUAGUCACUACAAUGGAGCUUGCCCAGUAACAGCAUCACCAAACCCAGCUGCUCCAGGCAGUGGCAUCUGCAGGGACCAAUCAUGUAAGAGUCAUCUGUGCACAAAUGAAACUGCCUACAGCCCCACACAGAUGCACAAUGCAGAUGAAAGUCUGGAAGAAGAUGAUAGCUGUUCAGAGCACAGUUCGUGUACGUCUCACACUGCCAAUCAGAAGGAAGGAAAAUACUGUGAUUGUUGCUAUUGCGAGUUCUUUGGUCAUGGACCGCCUCCUGCAGCUCCAACAAGUAGAAAUUACACAGAAAUCCGGGAGAAGCUAAGGACGCGGCUGACGAAACGCAAAGAGGAACUCCCGCAAAAAUCAAGCAAUGGCUCGAUCCGGGAACCACCAGUAGAUGACAGGAAUGUUGAAGAUCUGUUGAACUACAUCAACAGUUCAGAACAGAAACCAGUCAACAGUGCCAAAGCAGCCAAAAGAGCAAGGCACAAGCAGAAAAAGCAGGAGAAAGCCCGUUCUGAGGUUUGUGACCAAAGAUCAGAGAAACCAUGUCCAUCUACAAUGCAUAUACAGGGUCUGGAAAAGGUUUCUGCACUAAAUCAACACAUCCAAGAGGGGAUAGAAGAAAAAGUCUUGAUAUUCAACCAGCAUGUCCAAGAGGAUAUAGAGGACAAAGUUUCAAAGCUCAACCAGCAUAUUCAAGACGAUAUAGAAGAGAAACUAAAUCAACAAGAGCUAUGGCAUCAGGUGGAGUUGCAGAGAGUGAGCAGCAUCUUAACGACUAGAUUGGAACAGCUUAAAGAUCGAAUCAGAGAUUCCAUCAAAGCAAACUUCAGCCUAUGUGAUCUGCCCAAGGAUGACUUUCCAGAACUGACAUCUGUGGAGAAGGGUUUACUGAUAGACAGCAAUGGUAUCAUGGAUAAAGAAGAGACAAGAAUAUUAGACCAUCAGAAACUCAAUUUGAACUUGUCCUUAACAACAUCGGAAGUUGUGCAAAAUCACUUGUUGAAUGGAAAUAAACAUGCGGUCGUCACAAAUCGCGAGCACAAUGGCUCUGAUAUGGUUUUGUUGGAAAACUCAUUGGGAAAGAAAUCAAAGGGUGGCUGUUCAUUAUCUUCAAAGUCUGAUAAUAUUUCCACACUCCGACUAGAAGAUGCCGGUGCAGUAGUAUUGCAUAAACCAGCUGCAGAGUCAAAAAUGACACAGCAGAUGUCAAGAAAUGGGAAACAACCAAGACAGCCUAAGCAGCCUGAGGAGACCAAGGGCAAAAAUGUGGUUUCAAGAAAAGAUCAUGAACACUCCACAGCGCCAAAGGUGCAGAGUUCCAAACAGCAUGCAGUUCCUGCCAAACACAAGACAAACCAGAAUCAUGAUGGCAAGCCAGCAGAGGCAUCAAAAACCAUGACUGCCAAAUGUGAUGACUCCAAGCAAAGCAAGUGGAAAGGAGUUGGUAUUCUUUGCAACUCUGAAACUAGUGAAGACAGGAAAGGUAAUCCUAAAUAUUCAAAUAAUGAGAAGGUGGAAGGAUUUGAAACUAGAGGAGUCAAAGAAGAGCAACCAACGACAACUGACGUGUCUCAGCCAAAAAGCAAGAACAAGAAAGGAAAAAAGAAAAAACACGACAAGACCAACAAUUGCAUUGUUCAGAGAACUGAUGAA